GAAGUCGCGGCGAGGGUUCGGCUUUAUUUACUUGUUGUUUCUUUGUUUUUCCCGUCGUAUUUUCCACUCGACUCUUCGGGGGCCGUUUUCCAGAAGUGGCGGUUCCCGGGAAGCUGCUCCUAAGGCCGUCCCGGCGGGACCGCCACAGUGUGGUGUGGCCCCCGCCCGUGUGGGCUGCGGGCCCCGCCUGGGGAGACUGCGGGGACAGCCGGCGGGGCUGCCUGUCCUGGGGCUGCUGCGUCCCGAGAGCGGGGAAAUGCCCUGGAGCUGCUGUGUCCCGAGAGCCGGGAAAUGCCGGCAGUGCCGGCGGGGCUGGCUGUCCGGGAGCUGCAGUGUCCCGAGAGCCGGGAAAUGCCCUGGAGCUGCUGUGUCCCCAGUGCCAGCGGGGCUGCCUGUCCGGGAGCUGCAGUGUCCCCAGUGCGGAAUUAGCGCCGACCCCGCGGGGUCCUGCCUGCAGGACAGCAGCGUGCGCCGCUUUCAGCUCGGGUGUUCGGCCGGGCUUUGGCUCUUUGUUUCGGGAGCGGAAGGCAUGAGGUGUGGUCCUGGAAAACAGCCAGCAAGGAAUCCCUGUGUCUCAUGUGGCAAAAAGUGAAAGUGCAGCUAAUGUUAAGCAUGUCCUUCCUCGCUGCUCUUUUCUGGUAUUGCAGAAGGCUAUACAGCUUUUUAGCACAGCUGCUAAAACGGUGGAGCAACUACCUUCAGAGGCAACUCAUAAGGAAUCUCAGUGUGCUGCCAGAAGUGGAUCUACUUGGUUAUAGUGCAAGAGAAUGGAAAGGAGAAACAAAGCAGGCCAAACAGAUGAGGGAGGCAUAUGAAGAAUUGUUUAGGAGCUGUCAUAUCAAAUACCUGAGACAAGUCAGGAGGGACAACUAUAGUGUAGUAAGAGCGGUGCUUUUUCAGAUAUUCAGCCAAGGCAUUCCUUUUCCUUCGUGGAUGAAGGAAAGGGAUAUAUUGAAGCUCCCUGAAAAGCUUUUGUAUUCUCAAGGUUGUAACUGGAUUCAGCAAUACAGUUUUGGGCCAGAAAGAUACACAGGUCCUAACGCCUUUGGGAAGUUACGCAAAUGUAUGGAGGCGUUAAAGACAAAUUGGGCUGAAAUAAGUGCUACAAGAGAUUAUGAAGAAAGAGGAAGCAUGUGUAAUACACUGUUUUCUGAUGAAAGCAAGGAAUACAAACUAUAUGAGGCCAUAAAAUUCAUCAUGCUCUAUGAAGUUGUGGAAGCCUAUGAGCAGAUAAAGAGCAGGGAUGAACCUGUACACAACCUUUUUAGCCUCCUCUUUGCUCGUGACUCUUCGUCUGACCCUCUGAGUUUCAUGAUGAAUCAUCUGAACUCAAUAGGUGACUCUACUUGCCUGGACCAGGUUGAACUGUUUCUCCUUGGAUACUUACUUGAAGUAAAGAUACGAGUUUACAGACUGCAUAGGUUUAAUACUGAGGAAUUUCAAGUGAACUAUCCGGAUCAAUACCGAAGGGAAUGGAAUGAGAUUUCUCUCCUGACUGAGGAUGACCACUACUAUCACAUCCCCCUAUCCAGAACGUGAAGGGCCAGGGACUUUUUUUUCCCCUUUGUAUAGUAAUAGUGAGUGACCAAUUCCAGUGAAUUAGGUUUCUAAUCAGCAGCAGUAAAAUCUUGAGAAUGCUCAAUAGUGAUUACAAAUGAUUUAUGGGCUUA